AUGAUGUCCUAUGGAGAGAGGCUGGGGGCCCCUGCCGUCUCCCCACUUCCAGUCCGUGCGGGGCACAUGGUACAUGGGGCAGCCUUUGCCUAUGUGCCCAGCCCACAAGUCCUGCACAGGAUCCCAGGGACAUCUGCCUAUGCCUUCCCCACCCUGAGCCCAGUAGCCCUCACAGAGCACAACUGCCCCUAUGGGGAGGUCCUGGAUUGCCAUGACCCACUACCUGCCAAGCUGGCCCUGGAGGAGGAACAGAAGCCAGAGCCUGGGCUGGCCCAGAAGCUGCACCAAGCUGGUGUGAUGCUCCUCAAGGUGCCGCUGAUGCUGGCCUUCCUCUACCUCUUUGUCUGCUCCCUGGAUGUGCUCAGCUCAGCUUUCCAGCUGGCUGGAGGGAAGGUGGCUGGUGACAUCUUCAAGGACAAUGCCAUCCUGUCCAACCCCGUGGCAGGACUGGUGGUAGGGAUUCUGGUGACCGUGCUGGUGCAAAGCUCCAGCACAUCUACAUCCAUCAUUGUCAGCAUGGUUUCCUCUGGCUUGCUGGAGGUGAGCUCAGCUAUCCCUAUCAUCAUGGGCUCCAACAUCGGCACCUCUGUCACCAACACCAUCGUGGCUUUGAUGCAGGCAGGAGACAGGACUGACUUCCGGCGGGCCUUCGCGGGGGCCACAGUGCACGACUGCUUUAACUGGCUGUCCGUUCUGGUCCUGCUGCCCCUUGAGGCUGCCACGGGCUACCUGCACCAUGUCACUGGACUCGUGGUCGCCUCCUUCAACAUCCGCGGUGGCCGCGAUGCCCCUGACCUCCUCAAGAUCAUCACGGAGCCCUUCACAAAGCUCAUUAUCCAGCUGGACAAGUCUGUGAUAACCAGCAUUGCCACAGGGGAUGAGUCCCUGAGGAACCACAGUCUCAUUCGAAUCUGGUGCUACCCAGACCCUUUGGAGGCUUCUACCUCCAUGUCCAGGGCAGAGACCAAUGCCAGCCAGACCCUUGGAAAUGCCACCAUGGAGAAAUGCAAUCACAUCUUCGUGGACACGGGUCUGCCUGACCUGGCUGUGGGGCUUAUCCUGCUGGCUGGUUCCCUGGUGCUCCUGUGCACCUGCCUCAUCCUCCUGGUCAAGAUGCUCAACUCCCUGCUGAAGGGCCAGGUGGCCAAGGUCAUCCAGAAGGUCAUCAACACUGAUUUCCCUGCUCCCUUCACCUGGGUCACAGGCUACUUUACCAUGGUGGUGGGCGCUGGUAUGACCUUUGUUGUCCAGAGUAGUUCUGUGUUCACAUCGGCCAUCACCCCACUCAUUGGCCUGGGUGUGAUCAGCAUCGAGCGGGCCUACCCCCUCACACUGGGUUCCAACAUUGGCACCACGACCACGGCCAUCCUGGCUGCACUGGCCAGUCCCAAGGAGAAGCUGUCCAGCUCCUUCCAGAUUGCCCUCUGCCACUUCUUCUUCAACAUCUCGGGCAUCCUGCUGUGGUAUCCACUGCCCUGCACACGCCUGCCCAUCCGCAUGGCCAAGGCUCUGGGCAAGCGCACUGCCAAGUACCGCUGGUUCGCUGUCCUUUACCUCCUUGUUUGCUUCCUGCUGCUGCCCUCACUGGUGUUUGGCAUCUCCAUGGCAGGUUGGCAGGCCAUGGUAGGUGUGGGUGCACCUUUUGGGGCCCUGCUGGCCUUUGUGGCACUCAUCAAUAUACUGCAGAGUCGAAAUCCUGGGCGCCUGCCCAAGUGGCUACAGACAUGGGACUUCUUGCCCCACUGGAUGCACUCCCUACAGCCCCUGGACCGCCUCAUUACCCGUGCCACCUUGUGUUAUGCCAGGCCUGAACCUCGCUCACCCCAGCUGCCUACCAGGGUCUUUCUGGAGGAACUGCCCCCUGCCACACCCUCCCCCCGCCUUGCACUGCCUACUCACCACAGUGCCACCCGCCUCUAG